CACGCUUUGCACCACGCAUCUGCCGAUGUCACAAGCGAUGAGACAAAAUCAGAUCCAUCGUGUGGGAUCUCCCUGGGUGAGCCUCUUUAUUUCGUCACCUACCACCGACUUCCGCCUCGACUUCCCCCAGGUUCUCGAUUUUGCGAACUCAACACUAUAAAUACUAUCUCCGUUAAUACGGCCGCAUUGAACCCUCUAGGACAGCCAAACCUCGCUUGGCCUAUUGAAUCCUGAUACCGGCAUGGAGCAGGAAUUCGCCGAGCUCAAGAAGCAGGUGCAAGCUCUCCAGAAGGAGCUGGCACGAGUAUCUGACGAGGCUGAGGUCCGCAAGACGCAUCAUAAAUACGGUUACUACCUCGAUAAGUGCCUUUACAAUGAGGUUGUCGAUAUGUUCUCGGACCACCCCGACGCCUACGUCGAGUUCCUCGGCUCGCGUUACCGUGGGAAGGAGGGCAUCAAACGUCUCUACCAGGGCCGCUUCCAAUCCACGUUUGUCAAGGGCCGCAACGGCCCUGUGUACGGCUGGCUGCUGGACCACAUCAUGAUGCAGGAUAUUGUCGACGUCGACGAGACAGGGACGCACGCCUGGUGCCGCAUGCGCGCCCUCAUGCAGGCCGGCACCCACCAGAGCAUCGAGGAGUACUACCCGCGCGGCCACCGGCAGUGGUGGGAGGGCGGACUGUACGAGAACGAGUACAUCAAGGAAAACGGCGUGUGGAAGCUCUUCCGCUACCGCUAUUUCCCCUUCUGGCACGCCGAGUUCGAGAAGGGAUGGAGCCACACCAAAAAGAACUACGUGCCCUGGCCGACGGUCACGUACCCCGAGGAUCCGCUGGGCCCGGAUGAGAUCUCUGAGCAGAAGAUGCUGUGGCCAGACACGCGGGUCGUUCCUUUCCACUACCCGCACCCUGUAACGGGCAAGCCGACGGCGCCGGACGACCUGCGAGCUCCGGCGUACGGCGCCGACGUCAGCACGAGCGAUCCGCCGUUGACGCUGACGCUGCCUGAGGGCCAGAGCAGGCCUGGUGCGAUCGCCCGAGAGUCAAAGCCAGGGGACAAAGUGCUUCCGGAGUUAGUGCAGAACAAAGCUGAGUAGGGGUUCUUCUUGAGCAAGCGGUCAUGAAGGAAAGGACAAGGGCUUGGCGGUAGCGGCCUCACAGACACUGAAGUACUGUAUUUAGCGUUAAGCAGCAGUCCUCUGCCCCACUGUACUUAGUCAAGCAACCCACAUCUCUUUGCCU